AUGUUAUCCAAAACAUUAUUCGGUCUAUUGAUCGUACUUUUAAGCGACAAUAUUUUGGCUAUUAAAAUCAUCACUAAGUCUCAAUGGGGCGGUGCUCCUGCUACCAACAAAACUUCUUUGUCUAAUGGUUUGUCUUAUGCUGUCAUCCAUCACACCGCUUUUGCCUACUGCUCCACCAAGGUCAGCUGUAAACAACAAAUGAAAAAUAUCCAAAGUUAUCAUCAGAAAACUUUGGGUUGGACCGAUAUUGGUUACAACUUCUUGAUCGGUGGUGAUGGUAAUGUUUAUGAAGGUCGUGGCUGGAAUGUUAUGGGUGCUCAUGCCGCUAACUGGAACUCUAAGUCGAUUGGUAUUUCCUUCAUGGGCAACUAUAACAAUGACAAACCUAAUGCUGCUCAAGUAUCCGCUGCUAAGAGUUUGUUAACUACUGCUGUUUCACGUGCUCAAAUCAAGUCGGAUUAUGUAUUGUAUGGUCAUCGUCAAGUGGGUUCUACUGAGUGCCCUGGCAACAAUUUGUUUAUCAAAAUCAAGAAAUGGUCUAACUGGAAGGCUUAA